AUGCGGAUUUUGCUUGGGCUACCUGGGCUACGUGGGCUGCCUGGGCUGCCUGGGCUACGUGGGCUGCCUGGGCUACGUGGGCUGCCUGGGCUACGUGGGCUGCCUGGGCCACGUGAGCUGCCUAGGCUGCCUGGGCUGCCUGGGCUACGUGGGCUGCCUGGGCUACGUGGGCUGCCUGGGCUACCUGGGCUACCUGGGCUACGUGGGCUGCCUGGGCUACGUGGGCUGCCUGGGCUACCUGGGCUACGUGGGCUGCCUGGGCUACCUGGGCUACCUGGGCUACGUGGGCUGCCUGGGCUGCCUGGGCUACCUGGGCUGCCUGGGCUACGUGGGCUGCCUGGGCUACGUGGGCUGCUUGGGCUACGUGGGCUGCCUGGGCUACGUGGGCUGCCUGGGCUGCCUGGGCUACGUGGGCUGCCUGGGCUGCCUGGGCUACCUGGGCUACCUGGGCUACGUGGGCUACCUGGGCUGCCUGGGCUACGUGGGCUGCCUGGGCUACGUGGGCUGCUUGGGCUACGUGGGCUACCUGGGCUACCUGGGCUACGUGGGCUGCCUGGGCUGCCUGGGCUACGUGGGCUGCCUGGGCUGCCUGGGCUACCUGGGCUACCUGGGCUGCCUGGGCUACGUGGGCUGCCUGGGCUACGUGGGCUGCUUGGGCUACGUGGGCUACCUGGGCUACCUGGGCUACGUGGGCUACCUGGGCUGCCUGGGCUGCCUGGGCUACGUGGGCUGCCUGGGCUACGUGGGCUGCCUGGGCUAUGUGGGCUGCCUGGGCUACCUGGGCUACGUGGGCUGCCUGGGCUACGUGGGCUGCCUGGGCUACCUGGGCUACCUGGGCUACGUGGGCUGCCUGGGCUACGUGGGCUGCCUGGGCUACCUGGGCUGCCUGGGCUACGUGGGCUGCCUGGGCUACGUGGGCUGCCUGGGCUACCUGGGCUACGUGGGCUGCCUGGGCUACGUGGGCUGCCUGGGCUACGUGGGCUGCCUGGGCUACCUGGGCUACGUGGGCUGCCUGGGCUACGUGGGCUGCCUGGGCUACGUGGGCUGCCUGGGCUGCCUGGGCUACCUGGGCUACGUGGGCUGCCUGGGCUGCCUGGGCUACCUGGGCUACCUGGGCUACGUGCAUUACUUGGGCCGCCUGGGCUGCGCGGGCUUCCUGGGCUGUGUGAGCUGCUUUGUGGGCUGCGUGAAACCUGCUCAGUGCCGCACAGCCAAAUUAAACAAAAAGUAUGA